GGCCGCCGGUGAUAAAAGCUUCCCGCCCAGCCGGCCGAGCUUCUGCCAACUCCGAGCCCGGCGGGACCCGAGCCCAGGGGCGCCCGCCAAGCUGCAGGCGGCGGCGGCAGAGGCAGAGCAGGGGCGGCGACGGCGAGAGCUCGGCAAAGCUCCCUAGCGGAACGCGGGCCCCGAAACCCGGCCCGAGACUCCGAACUUUUACAGGUGGCGCGGACAGGAGCCCCCCCGGGCGGCGUUUGCCGUUCCCCGCUGCAGGCUGCAAAGAGUUGCACGCUGCAGCAGGUGCCGAGCGCCCGGGGUCUCUGUUCCCGAAACCGCCACCCGUGGAAUUUUCCUCCUUCCCAGCCUCGACGCAGAAGACUCGCCGGCUCCAGAUUUCUGAAGUCAGAUGCGCCUAGAAGCUUGGCAGUGGAGGAAUUCGGAAGCACGAGGGGGGCACGACAGGGCAUCUGGACGUGUCUGUCCUGAGCACCGGUCUACGAGGGAGGAGUGGGGUGCAGAAAGAGCCGGCUGCGCUUCGUCUCCGUUAAACAGGAGACCCCCACGCCCCCCACGCCACGCCCCGCCCCAGCAGGCCCCUGCCUCAGGACCUUGCCGCAAAGGGGGUGCGUGAACGCAGAGAAACGCUUCACUACCCAGCAGAGAAAUGGAUGACGUGCUCCCCGUGAACUCAGACCUUCUUCAGAACGUGUCCACCAACACGUCGGAGUCCAACCAAUUUGUCCAGCCUGCCUGGCAAAUUGUCCUCUGGGCGGCUGCCUACACUGUCAUCGUGGUGACCUCCGUGGUGGGCAACGUGGUGGUGAUGUGGAUCAUCUUGGCCCACAAGAGAAUGAGGACAGUGACCAACUAUUUCCUAGUCAACUUGGCCUUCGCAGAGGCCUCCAUGGCAGCGUUCAACACGGUGGUGAACUUCACCUACGCCGUCCACAACGAGUGGUACUACGGCCUGUUCUACUGCAAGUUCCACAACUUCUUCCCCAUCGCUGCUGUCUUCGCGAGCAUCUACUCCAUGACAGCCGUGGCCUUUGAUAGAUACAUGGCCAUCAUCCACCCCCUCCAGCCCCGACUAUCAGCCACAGCCACCAAGGUGGUCAUCUGUGUCAUCUGGGUCCUGGCUCUCCUGCUGGCCUUCCCACAGGGCUACUACUCAACCACAGAGGCCCUGCCCAACAGAGUGGUGUGCAGGAUCGAGUGGCCAGAACAUCCCGACAAGAUUUAUGAGAAAGUGUACCACAUCUGUGUGACCGUGCUGGUCUACGUCCUCCCCCUGCUGGUCAUCGGCUAUGCGUACACCGUUGUGGGAAUCACUCUGUGGGCCAGCGAGAUCCCUGGGGAUUCCUCUGACCGCUACCACGAGCAAGUCUCUGCCAAGCGAAAGGUGGUCAAGAUGAUGAUUGUCGUGGUGUGCACUUUUGCCAUCUGCUGGCUGCCCUUCCACAUCUUCUUCCUCUUGCCCUACAUCAAACCGGACCUCACCUCGGAGAAGUUUAUUCAGCAGGUUUACCUGGCCAUCAUGUGGCUGGCCAUGAGCUCCACGAUGUACAACCCCAUCAUCUACUGCUGCCUGAAUGACAGGUUCCGGGUGGGCUUCAAGCAUGCCUUCCGCUGCUGUCCCUUCAUCAGCGCUGGUGACUAUGAGGGGCUGGAAAUGAAAUCGACAAGAUAUCUCCAGACCCAGGGCAGUGUGUAUAAGGUCAGCCGCCUGGAGACCACUGUCUCCACCGUGGUAGGGACCCAGGAGGAGGAUCAGGAGGAUGGCCCCAAGGCCACACCCUCUUCCCUGGACCUCACCUCCAAUGGAUCUUCUCGCAGCGACUCCAAGACCAUGACAGAGAGCUUGAGUUUCUACUCCAACAUGCUCUCCUAGAUGGUGGAGCUGUCGUCAGGACCAGCCACUCAUCUUUGCCUUGUCUCAUUUCAUGCAUGGGUAGUUCCUUCCUCUGGAAGCCAUCAGAAACACCUUAACAUCAGGGCUUGUGGAAAGAGAUAGGGUGGUUUAGGGAAAAACAUUCCAUCCUGGUCAGAGUUAAAAUCCUGGAUUCUUCCAUGCCUUUGCCACUCCCAAUCCGUGUGACUCAAGGCAAAUCACAAAACCUCUCUGAGCCUAUGAAGUGAGAAGGUUGAGCUAGAGUUUUUCAACAAUUCAUUCUGUGAUUGGAGAAUUAUCUCUGAAUACAGAUGCUCCCUUCAGAACAAAUCAUGCAGUGCAGCAAUGGAUCCAGUUGAUCUGUUUGGGAUCCUUGUCAUAAACUAAACUCAGCCUCAGCCCUGCUCAGUUUAUCUCCCUUCAACUGCUGGUCCACAUGACAUCACCCUUCACUUCAUGGGGGAACAACCAAAGGAAUCCAUUGAAAUUUGAAUGAUUUAACCCAGUCUUUGAAGCAUACAUGGAAAAGAGAUAUAAUUCUGCCUUCUUUAACAUCUCAUUACUUCAGCGUGUUUAAUUAUGAGACUAAAAGUCUUGGGUUCAUUUGUGUUACUCCCCCAGAACUAUUCUAAGUAAACCAAUGGAAGCAGGAUAUAUCCAUCCACUGCUACCAGCUAGUGGCUGCAUAGACAAAAAGUCAGGAGACCUGAUUCAUACUUAACCUGUCUGAGUCUCUUUCCUUAUUUAGAAACAGCAUGGGGUUGAACUGCAUCUUGUAGGUGUGUUCCAUCUGAUUUUAAUGUUCAAUGGUUCAAUGAUUGUAUGAGUUUCUUGUUAUUACACACACACAGACACACACACAGACACACGCACGCACACACGCACGCACACACUGGUGAUGAGAUCAGGGCUAGAGAGAUAGCUUAAAUAGACUGGUGGUUUCUGGGCUAAAGAGAUAGUCCAAAGGGCUAGUUUACACACUUUGUAUGUGAGAGGCCCAAGUUCGCUCUCUGGCAAUAUAUGGUUCCCCAAGCACUGCCAGGAGCUAUCCAGGCACCAAUAUGGAAUUAUUCCUUGAGAACCACCAAGUGUGACCCCUGACCCCCCCAAGAAGAAAAUUUGUUUCAGAAAGAAUAGGAGAACAAGAAUAGUGACUUAAUAUCCAGCUCCUCAGAUCAUGUGUUAAUAUCCAUAUUAACCAUUCUCUAAUUUAUUCUAAAACUGUGGGAACCUUCUUUCUCCUGGAAGACUCCAGACUUUUUACAGAGCAGAGGGCUUUUGGACUUUGUAUCAAAAUCUGCAUCUGUGCAUCAGGCAUCUCAUCUGGUGCCCACAGCUGAAAUGCCAGCAGGGCUGGCAAGCAAAUGCAAUCUUGAGGUUUCUUAGAGUGGAUACCAGCCAGUCUUGGCUUUGUACAAGCAGAAGGUAUGUGCUCAGGUGCCUUGGAAGGGAGAAACACUUAUGAGAAUCAGUUUCACAGGCUUCUUCCUUUUGGCUCUCCAGCUCUCCUCUUCCCCAGCUCUGCUGGCCUCCUGGCUGUAAGAGGGGCGAUGACACACCAACCUUGCAGGAUCUUCUACCAAGGGCCAUGAACUUAAAGCUUUCUGUCCCAACACCACCUUGGGAUUUCCAGCGGCUGAGCAUGCCAUCUACUUCUGUCUCCUAGAUCAACAGCAAGCACAAGACUCCAUAAUAUACGUGAACGUCCUCCUUGUGCUCUGAAGAAUGAAUGUGCAUGUUCUGCAUCUUUACUGUGGAGCAAGAAAAAUGCUUCCCACCAGUGGUACAGUCUCUACCACUCUAACCUGAUCAGGAUUUUGAGAAGCCGAGUGAAGUUACAUAGCAACAGUGUAAACCCAAAAGAUCUAAGAGUCAGAGGCCAGAGAAUUUUAGUACAGUGGGUAAGGUGCUUGCCUUGCACAUGGCCAACCCAGAUUUGAUUCUUGGCACCCCAUGUGGUUCCCAGACCCCCAAAAGGAGUGAUCCCUUAGCCCUGAACACUACCAGGUAAAGCCAAAAACAAAUAUAUACAUAUAUAUUCAAGAACCAUAUUCUUCAAAAUAGCAUGGGAAGGCUUUAGUAAAUUAAGUGAAGUUGGCUUGUUGCAGAUAUAUUAAUGAAAGAUAUAAACUCGGGUUGACACAAUUCAGGGCCUAAAGUAUUAUCACAGUGCCAGUGAAGAACUGAGCCAUGCAGAGAUGAUUUAGUUCAGAGGAAUAUAAAGAAGCAGCAUAAUGAUGAUAAAUACCUAAGAAGAAAGCACUAAGGCAUUGGAGAUAUGUUCUCUGUGGAAGGGGUAAGAGCUGGAUUCAACACCCACUCUGCACUUGGCCCUGAGUUCCCUCACUAACGGAUAUGUCAUUUCUCCCACUCUUGAGGAGCCUGCCAGUCUGGCCACUGAUAAUUCAUUUUUACCACCUGGGUAGGAAAGUAGCUGAAAGGAAGAUUCACCAGGGAAUUCUAAAGACUUACAUUCUACAUGGCAAUUAAGCCAGACUGAAACUUUAUAGAGUGACUCUGAGGUCACUCCAUCAGUCCGUGUAGGAAAAUAGAAGGGAUGCAGUUUGACAGCACCAUCACCACAUCUGAAAAGUAGACAUGGGGCCACCUAUGAGGUUUAAAAUAUGGCAGAACAUCCCCUCUGAGAGAACUCAGCAAGCUGUCCUUUGACCUGACUCCUAGGACCUACCUAACUUAUAAAAAUACUGUCAGAUCCUAUACGUGAUAAAUGCUGUGAUUUGCACUGUGCAUGGGUCUCAUUUUAUAGAGCGUGUCACCCUGUGUUAAUCUCCUGGCAGUUUUUUAUUUCAGUAGUAAUAGAAUGUAAGAUAUCAUGGAGCCAUCUCUGUUAUGUUCCUCAAAAAUGUGGGUCCAGUUGCUGGCCCCUGCAUUGUGCCAAUCUCCUCUUCCUCGUGUUCCCAGAAGUAAGUGGAUGUAUAUCGUGGAUUCACAUCAGAUCAUA